AUGAACCCGGCUACUCGGAGACUAAUCUCAUCGUCGUCAAUACCCCGGCAUGUCACAGCGCGGUCGAGGAAUUCCACAUUCAUUCGCCGAGCCUCUCUAUCUACAUUGGCCAAGAAUCGUGUACCAAGGAACGUCAGUACCCACUCUAAAGCGUGCAAUUCGACUCUCGCGGAAGCCUCGACUAGUUCUACACCGUUGCCAGCAUCACUAUUGAAGCAAUCGUCAGAUAAUGCAACCGAACAUCACACAAAGAUAUUCAAAGAGGACUCAAGUACGCCAAUCGCUCGUUACCAUCAACUUGUAGAGUCAGGGAUCCUGCGGGGAGAUGAACAUCAACAUCGUAUAAUUGGAAGACUACAAAGGCUUCAUAAUCAACUGCUCAGCUACGACCCACCGACUAUUCCUAGCCCCUCAGAGUCUAAUUCAUUGCUCUCUCGGAUAUUUCCUUUCACUCGCAGCGAUCCCGAUGCGCAGGCUCCCCCUCCUAACAUUCCUAAAGGUCUAUAUCUCUAUGGAGAUGUCGGGACGGGCAAGACCAUGUUAAUGGAUCUAUUCUACCAGACACUGCCUUCAAAUAUGACUCGGAAGCGCCGGGUUCACUUUCAUGCGUUCAUGAUCGACGUACACAAGAGGGUCCAUGAAGCCAAGAAAGCAAUGGGAUAUCGUGGUGGCGACCCGAUAUUGCCUGUAGCCAGAGACCUGGCGAAUGAAGCUUGCGUACUUUGCUUUGACGAGUUCCAAGUUACUGAUAUCGCCGAUGCCAUGAUUCUUCGACGUCUACUAGAGAACCUAAUGAAGUUUGGUGUUGUCAUGGUGAUGACCUCAAACCGACAUCCUGACGACCUUUACAAGAAUGGGAUCCAAAGAUCAAGCUUUGUUCCAGCCAUUGAGUUAAUUAAAUCCCAAAUUGAAGUCACCGAUUUGAAUUCUGGAACUGAUUACCGUCGUGUUCCUCGUGCGCUAUCCAAAGUCUAUUAUGAUCCCCUUUCCGAACAAACGGACAUUGCUAUUCGUCAAAUCUUUGAUCAAUUUACGUCUGAGCGUUCCGAUCCUCCCAUCGAGAAUAGGCCGUUGAAGAUUUGGGGAAGGACACUGCUGGUACCUAAGAGCACUUCUACAGUAGCUUGGUUCGAGUUCGACAAGCUUUGCGGUCAGCCGCUCAGUGCUGCUGAUUAUAUUGAAGUGGCCAGGGUUUUCGAGACGGUGUUCGUUGUGGGUAUACCGAAAAUGGGGUUGAGUCAGAAGGACAUGGCAAGGAGGUUUAUCACUUUCAUUGAUGCAUGCUAUGAAAGCAAGACAAGAUUGUUUGUCACUUCAGAAGUCCCUGUGACACAGGUUUUCUCGGAUGAUGCUUCGAAUGAUGCUGCCAAACCGAUAUCCGAUCAUAUGAGAAGUGUUAUGGACGACUUGGGUUUAACCAGCCACGCUGUUGGUAGUAGUUCUAUUUUCACUGGCGAAGAAGAGGUGUUCGCCUUCGCGAGAGCUUGCUCCCGAUUGGUUCAGAUGGGUAGCAAAGAAUGGGUGGAGAUGGCAGGUCAGAGUUGA